CUUGCACUCAGUUCUCACCCUAUCGCCACGACAGCUUGACUCCCGUAAGUCGCGUGGAGAGCUGACUUCGCGACGACCUUGAUCUUGGACGAGCAUACAAACCGCCCUGCGAGCGGGCCCGACGCGGAACCCAGUUUACUAUGCGGCGCCACGCAGCUUCCUCACUGUUGAACUCGGCGUGCAGAGGUGGAGCAUACAAGGCUCUCGCGAUAUCUCACGCAGCUCGUCCAUCAAUACCCUUGGUCGCGCGUUUCUCCACAUCGGGUCGAAGAUUCUCUGAAUCUCCACCAGCACAGCCCACGAACCAUGAGAUCCAGAGGAGUCCGGAGCUACCGAGUAGCAGGAUAGAUGACAAGAAGGUUGUGCUUGGUUGGGAUACGACAACAUAUUCACGAUUCCAUCAUAUCUGGUUGCGAGACCACUGCCGCUGUCCUCACUGUUUCCAUCCACACACUAAACAGCGUCUUGUAAACACAUUUGAGAUACCUCCGGAAAUCAAGCCGACGCAUGUAGAAUCCAAACCAGAGGGAUUAGAGGUCCAUUGGCCUUCAUCUCAGCCACAUACAUCAAUAUACCCUUGGUCAUGGUUACGGUAUAAUUCCUACGAUCCCCCCAUGAUGCAGCCUCCUAAGCCAGAGCGUAUCCUCUGGGGAUCCAAAAUUCUGCAGGACCCGCCAACUGUUACUCACGAGGAGGCUAUGGCUUCAGAUGACUCUGGCCUAUUCAAGUGGCUAUCUUACGUCGACAAGUUCGGGUUUUGUUUCAUCUCAGGUGUCCCUGCAACACCGGAGGCGACAGAAGAGCUCUCCCGGCGCAUAGGCUUCAUCAGAGAGACGCAAUACGGAACUUUCUGGGACUUCACCUCUGAUCUCGCCAAGGGAGAUACCGCAUAUACUACACUCGCCCUUGGGGCGCACACAGACACCACCUACUUUACGGAUCCAUGCGGAUUACAGCUCUUCCACUUACUCGAGCACACCGGCGGGACGGGCGGCGCUACACUGCUAGUCGACGGCUUCUACGUUGCGUCCAUAUUGAAGGAGCUCCAUCCCGAAGCAUACGAGCUUCUCUCCACAGUCCCGGUCCCCACCCACGCUGCUGGAGAAGCGGACGCUUUGUUCGCCCCAAACACUGUCAACACGCCCGUUCUCAAGCAUGAAGCUGGGGAGCUCGUGCAGGUGCGGUGGAAUAACGAUGAUCGCAGUGUGUUGCGGGACCUCCGGCCUGACCAGGUCGAGCCAUGGUACGAUGCGAUCCGGACAUGGUACAAACUGCUCACCAGCCCCGACUCCGAGUACUGGGUGCAGCUGUCGCCCGGCACUGCCGUAGUGGUCGACAAUCAACGCGUACUUCACGGACGCUCAGCCUUCGAUGGGAAGCGCCGCAUGUGUGGCGCAUAUAUCGGGAUGGACGAGUACCGAUCGAAGCUUGCCGUGCUGAAGGAGAAGUUCGCUCCCGACCCCGUCACGCAGGACACUGCGGCCACUUCGAGCGUCAACGGCAGGAGCAUCUGGCACCCCGCCCUUUGAAUAAUCUAUUGGUUCGCGGGACACCGUGGAAGGCGGCAUCACAAACUAUCCUCUCUGAAGACGGUGGUUGUAUAUCAACCUCCUGCUCUGUGUACUCGUCCAUGUAGGAUACACUCGGGUGUUCUAUUACACCUUGUCAAUUUCACGCUCCCCGAGGCAUCGAUCAGUUCAGCUGUAUACCGAAUAACAUAACAGUCGAGACUCGAACAUGAUACAGAAUGAUCCAACACGCAACCAGGUCACAAAUCCUGAAGGGCGAGAAAACCAGUUUGCUCGGCUGACGAGGUCAAACGCCCGCCCGUUCUAGACACUACUCGCGGCCGUCAGAUGAUACAUCAACAGAUGAUAACGAACGAUCGCUUUGCUUCGGUACCUGACUCUCAUCCUCGUAUAAAU